AUGAAGCUGGUGACAGUCCUCAUGCUGGUGGCCCUCCCCCUUUACUGCUAUGUAGGUCCUGGCUGCGCAGUACUUGAGGAUGUGGUUGAAGAUACAAUUGAUCUUGCACUGUCCAUGACUGAAUAUCUAGCAGCUCUUCAAGAGUUUGUAUCGGAUGCUGCCACUGCAAAGGCCGUAGUGGAAGUGAAGCAAUGUUUUCUGAAUCAGUCAAAUGAAACUCUGGCCGAUUACAAAAAGAUGAUGCAAACAAUAUAUGAGAGUUUUUGGUGUGCUCUGUAUUGACUUUCCACAAGACCUUUGGCUCAGAGGACUACAGAGAAUGGUCAGAAACCGACUGUCGAUUGCUAUAAACCACAACUUUUCUUUCUUUGUUGUCUUUUGAUCUAAAAACUGCAGGACAGUUGUUGAAACCUCAUUUACAUUUUCAUUUCAAUACAGUAUCUG